AUGGAGGCAGCGACAGAAAGACCCGAGAAGAGCAAGGCAGACUUGAACAACAUAGCGAGUGGGGGGUUGCUUGCGACGGCCGAUGCGCCUAGCUCGUACACUGGAUGUCAUCUUCACGGUUCAGAGACUUUCUGUUUAAACGGUCAAAACGAGGCUCAGUUUGUGGUUGAGACUGCCCAGGCGACUUCUGGUAGCGCUUCUGCGUCAAUCACCAGUGCCACCGCCAGCUCCAGCUCUGUGGCUGCUCAGACCACCGCUGUCACGGGCUGCCAUAACCACGGCUCUAAUCUUUUCUGCAUUGAUGGAAAUGGCAACGAAGGUCAGAUCACGCCUGCUCCAUCGGGAACUGCCGCUCCUGAGAGCUUCACCGGCUGCCACAACCACGGUACCGAAACAUUUUGUUUGGAUGAGGCUGGACUGGAAGUUCAAUUUGUUAACGAGGAAGAUGUGGGUUCUCACGACCCUGCCGACGUGGACAACCCGGAAAUGGACUGCCACUACCACGCUGGUGUUCCUCACUGUAUUCCCAAGGGAGGAAGUGACACGUUUGGUGCUCAGGCUCAGUCUUGUGACCGUAACGAGGCCGAAUACAAGAUCCCAUUGAGAAUCGGUCUUCUUUUCGCCAUUCUUGCCACCGACUGCAUUGGUGUGUUUCUCCCCUUCUUCGUCCACAGAUUCUUCAACAGCCACAUGGAUGGUGUCAUUGUCACUUUGUUCAAGCAGUUUGGUACUGGUGUUAUUCUUUCCACCGCUCUUGUUCAUUUGAUGACCCACGCCAUGUUGAUGUGGAACAACUCGUGUAUCACUUUGAAAUACGAGUCCACUGCCACAUCUAUCACCAUGGCGGGCCUUUUCAUCGGUUUCCUCAUUGAGUACUUGAUGUCGAGAAUCUUGAACAGCAGAGUCGAGAAACUCAAGAGUGCUGCAGGUGCCCAAGUUAGCUCUGAAGAGGAGGGCAGAUCGUCGGAAGAUGAGAAAGUUGCUCGUGAAAACAAUGGUCACGAGCACACUAGCCACGACCACCAUGACCUUGACAUUGCUGCCAAACAGGAUAAGACUGCCGUGUCUCUUUUGGAAGCUGGUAUUGUUUUCCAUUCCGUUCUUAUUGGUAUCACUUUAGUUGUCACCCCUGACAAGGACGGUGCUUUCAUCACAUUAUUUAUCGUUAUCAUCUUCCACCAAGCUUUUGAGGGUGUUGCUUUGGGUACCAGAAUCGCUGAGUUGCAGAAGGUCAACAUAUGGAUUAAGAUUUUGAUGGGUUUGAUAUUUGCCAUCACUACUCCUCUUGGUAUGGCCAUCGGUACUGGUGUGUUGCAAAAAUUCAAUGGUAAUGACCCAAGCACCAUCAUUGCCUUGGGAACCUUGGACUCCUUCUCUGCUGGUAUUCUCUUGUGGGUUGGUCUCAUUGAGAUGUUGUCUCAUGACUGGCUCCAUGGUAGCCUUGUUCGUGCCUCCUGGCUCAAGGUGGCCAUCGGCCUCUUUGGCUUGGUUGCUGGUAUGAUCUUGAUGAGUUUCAUCGGUAAAUGGGCAUAG